GUAACUGUUUGCUGGACCAACCAAGAAAGCAGAUCCUGGGCCCUGAGGAGCUUCCAGGACAAACCUAUGAUGCCAUUCGUCAGUGCAAACUGGCGUUUGGACCCGAAUACACAGUGUGUCCUGGUAUGGAUGUGUGCUCUCGCCUCUGGUGUGCAGUUGUACGCCAAGGUCAGAUGGUUUGUCUGACUAAGAAGCUGCCUGCUGUGGAGGGAACACCAUGUGGAAAAGGGAGGAUCUGCCUCCAGGGAAAAUGCGUUGACAAAACCAAGAAGAAAUACUACUCAGCUUCAAGCCAUGGUAACUGGGGGUCCUGGGGACCUUGGGGACAGUGCUCCCGUACCUGUGGCGGAGGAGUUCAGUUUGCUUAUCGUCACUGCAAUAACCCAGCUCCUAGAAACAAUGGCCGGUACUGCACCGGCAAGAGGGCCAUCUACCGCUCCUGCAACGUCACACCCUGCCCAGCAAAUGCUAAAUCUUUUCGACAAGAGCAGUGUGAAGCAAGGAAUGGCUAUCAGUCUGACGCAAAGGGUGUCAAGACAUUUGUUGAAUGGGUCCCCAAGUAUGCUGGAGUACUUCCCGGAGACGUUUGCAAGCUCACCUGCCGAGCCAAAGGAACUGGAUAUUAUGUGGUAUUUUCUCAGAAGGUAACUGAUGGUACUGAAUGUCGACCGUACAGUAAUUCAGUCUGCGUCCGGGGAAAAUGCAUCCGAACUGGUUGCGACGGCAUCAUCGGUUCAAAGCUCCAGUAUGACAAAUGCGGGGUGUGUGGAGGAGACAAUUCCAGCUGCACAAAAGUCAUGGGAACCUUUACCAAAAAGAGCAAGGGCUACACAGAUGUAGUGAAAAUCCCAGAAGGGGCAACCCACAUCAAAGUUCGGCAGUUCAAGACUAAGGACCAGAGCAGGUUCACUGCCUACCUGGCCUUGAAAAAGAAAAACGGUGAGUACCUUGUCAAUGGAAAAUACAUGAUCUCCACUUCAGAAACAAUCAUUGACAUCAACGGGACUGUCAUGAACUACAGCGGCUGGAGUCACAAAGAUGAUUUCUUGCACGCAAUGGGACACUCUGCCACAAAAGAGGUUCUUAUUGUGCAGAUACUUGCGACUGAUCCAACUCAACCAGUGGAUGUCCGCUAUAGUUUCUUCGUGCCAAAGAAGCAAGGGCAAAUGACUAACUCUGUCACCAGCAGUGGCAGCAGCAGCGGCAAAGUAACUCCACAGCUCACGCAACCCCGCUGGGUUACGGGGCCGUGGCUUUCUUGUUCUCGAACAUGCGACACAGGAUGGCACACCAGGACUGUCCAGUGCAAAGACGGGCAUGGAAAAUUAGCUAAGGGAUGUCUUCUCUCCCAGAGACCGUCAGCAUUUAAACAGUGCUUGUUGAAAAAGUGUUAA